AUGUCUAGAAUCCACAAGAGAUAUCAUAGUGGGAAGGAAAUUUUCAGUGUAGCAAAAGCUUUGCCUAUGGAACCAUGGAUGGGGGUAAGAAGGAUACUAGUAGAUAGCGGGAGCUCCGUCGAAGUACUCUUCUAUGAUACGUUCAAAAGGAUGAAGUUGUCGGAUGAUAUACUCGUCCCAUCAACAUAUCGUAUAUACGGUUUUAAUGGGACGGUAACCAUCCCGAAGGGCGAAGUAACUCUAAGGGUAUCAGAUGGAGGUGGCUACCUGGAUACUUUAACCACAUUCUGUGUGGUUGAUGUCUCCUCGCCCUAUGAAGCUAUUAUCGGAAGACCAUGGAUCGCGGGAAUCAAAGGAGUGCCAUCGGCCUAUCAUCAAAGAUUACGGUUCCCAACGUACAAGGGGAUAGCAGAAGUCGUAUGA